AUGGACCAGAAGGCCAAAGAGCAUCACGCCGUCGUCUACAAGACAAAGCAGAAGAAGACGAUUGCGGCCUAUGUUUACAAUCCAAAUGACUUUCGCCUCCCAACCUACCUCCAACUCCCACCGGAGCUGCACAGCCUACACAUGCACGUCGCCGAGGCCGCCUACGCUGUAAUUGACAGCAUGCGCUUUCUCGACUUUGCACGCGCUCAGCGAUACUACGCGAUGUGCCCCACUCAACAGGGCGCCAUCUUCGACAAACACUCUCAAUCGAUCAGACGCCUUCUUGAAUGGACUGAAGACUACAAUCCAAUGGAUCCGACCCUCGCCGCGGGCAGCAAGCUGUCGUGUGAUAUUUUGGAAUUCCACAUGGACCAAGUUGCCUACGCCACCUACGCUGAUUUGUACCUCAUGGCUUUGCAGCGAUUUGUCAACAUCGAGUGGUCUUCCUACUGCCAGAAGAUGCUCCAUAUGAAGCUCCAAGCCUCGCAGAAGAUGAAUCGCUUCGACUACCAAGCAUGGCUGUACUGGUGGCAUGGAGAAUUCAGAGCUUCCAUGGAGAAGUGGGAGAUUUACCUUGACAACAUGUCCAUUCCAACUUGGGAGGAGAUCGUUGAUGAGCUCUAUGGCCUGAUUCUGGAGCGUGUUGAGGACUCGCAGGGAAUGAAUGCUGUGACGCUUGCUAAGACACUUUGCUCCUGCCAAGUGAAGCUGCCCAAGGGCGGUAGGGAGCUACCACCUAAUCCAGAUUCGGUCUUUUAUUUUGGAGAUCUUGCUUUCGCAGGAUGA